UAUAAAUGCCAUACAAUCGAAAGUUUGAUAAAAUUUGUAGCAUUUGUGGCGAUUUUGCUGCGAACUUCAAUUUCGGUGCCAUUACUUGUGGUUCGUGUAAAGCAUUCUUCAGGAGAAAUGCCCACAAAUCUAAUAGAUUUGAUUACUCCUUUAAAGCUCACAAUAUGUCAUUUCGGAGGCAAUUGUGACAUAACUGUAAAGACCAGAAGAAUGUGUCAGUGCUGUCGCCUUAAGAAGUGUUUGGCCAUCGGAAUGACAACU